UUCCAACCUUGACGGACUUCUGGUAUCCUCGAUAUAACAGGAAGCUUGGUACGUUAUUCCCAUCACCCACGACCUUGUUGCCCUCGCUUUCCCCAUGCCUCAGGCAGAUAUUCCACCAGAUCUUACCGACGAGAACAUAGAUUUCCUGUUUCAAUAUCUUGACGCUCAGUUGAACACAGAGAUCUUAUACGCAUUAUUGCAUGGCAUAUACACUGGUAUUAUCGCUCUUACGUUGUGGAAUAUCUUCAUCAAUAAACGUUGGCCCAUUCGACGAGCCUUGAUAGUUGUUAUUAUUAUUCUCCACGCUCUGACUACCAUCAAUUUUGCUGGUACUUGGUCAUCUACGCGCUCCUCGUUUAUCGUAAAUGGGCAACAUUUGUGGACUGCAUAUCUCGGCUUUGUCGCUGGGGACCGGAUUGUAUCUUGGGUGAUGGGUAUUUCGGCCUCCAUUGGUACGAUUCUCUCAGACUUGUAUAUGAUUUGGUGCUGUUGGAUGGUUUGGGGACGGCACUGGCUUGUCGUUCUGCUUCCAAUCAUAUCUUUGAUUUCCGCCACCGCAUCAAAAAUCCUGGCAGUGUAUCAUCAAUACAGUAAUGGGUCCUCCGGCGAUUUCCUAACACCCUAUACCGCUCUCACUCUAGUGACCACAUUAUGGUGCACCUUGCUCAUUAUCUACCGUAUUUUGACUGUUGCCGGGAUUGGCCGCGGAGCAGAGGGCCGACUGAGAUUUUACCAUUGUUUCAUUGAAGUACUCGUUCAAUCCUCAGCUCUUUACUCGACAUCUCUCAUCCUAUACCUGGCUCUCGCCACUCAUGACCAUUUCGGGCAAUACUACCUUGAUGCCAUAGCUUCCAUCGCGAGGUUAUGUCCAUGAUCUUAGAUACCUCGUCGCUUAUUCAACACCUUGGGUAGGGAAUCGCUCCAACACUGCUCGUAGGACGCGUCACGGCCGGACACCGUGCUCGCCCCGAUGAUUCCUGGCAAGGAAGCGUGAUGGCGUCAGUUUCGAUUAUGUCGGAGUCGCAAGGUCACAGUCGGGCGACCUUCCAGGAAGAUGACUGGACGAGGUCGAUGCUUGAUGGUGACCUGGAAGCUCAGCGCGAUAUCCCUCUCAGGGAACUUUCUCUAACGCUUCGCCCUGUCUCUGUCUCUGUUGUGGCCGACCAGACCCGCCCAAACUCUGACGUUUCUCCGGAGGGCACGAUGUC